UAUCAAUCUCACCUCUCUCGACUGCCAAACUCCACCACUCCUUCAACUCUCAUGAGAACCUGACCACCCCCCCGCAACCACACUUCCCUCCCCUUCCAUGGCGAGAACUCUCCUUUCAUCUCCACCGUUCAUCGCCACAUCUCUCCCCUCUCUCUCUCGCCACACUCUCACUACCAACCGUCGAUUCAUUUCCACAAGAAUCAAGCUAAGCUUACACGACAACAUUCCACCGAUUCAUCAUCACUUAGACUCUUCAAUUGAUUUCAAUUCAAUUAUUAGCAGAGCUGAAGGAUUUCUCUACACGCUCGCUGAUGCCGCCGUUGCAGUAGAUUCCGCUGCUUCUACUACCUCAACUGAUACUGCUCAAAAGAGUGGCGGUUGGUUCGGUUUCAUCUCUGAUGGUAUGGAAUUCGUUCUCAAGGUGCUGAAGGAUGGACUAUCGGCUGUACAUGUGCCGUAUGCAUACGGUUUUGCCAUUAUUUUGCUUACUGUUAUUGUUAAAGUUGCUACUUUGCCUUUGACCAAGAAACAGGUAGAAUCUACACUGGCUAUGCAAAACCUGCAACCUAAGAUAAAAGCUAUCCAACAAAGGUAUGCAGGAAAUCAGGAAAGAAUACAGCUUGAGACAUCACGUCUAUAUAGGCAGGCUGGAGUUAAUCCAUUAGCAGGUUGUUUUCCAACUUUGGCUACAAUACCAGUAUGGAUAGGCCUAUAUCAAGCUCUUUCAAAUGUUGCAAAUGAGGGAGUGUUGACAGAAGGUUUCUUUUGGAUUCCCUCUUUGGGUGGGCCAACUACAAUCGCAGCUCGACAAAGCGGAUCAGGCAUUUCUUGGCUUUUUCCAUUUGUGGAUGGUCAUCCACCAUUAGGCUGGAAUGACACUGCAGCAUACCUGGUUUUGCCUGUCCUCCUUGUUGUCUCACAGUACGUAUCAAUGGAGAUCAUGAAGCCUCCUCAGACAGAUGAUCCAACUCAAAAGAACACACUUCUUGUUUUCAAGUUUCUACCUCUUAUGAUUGGUUACUUCUCUUUGUCUGUUCCAUCGGGAUUAUCUAUAUACUGGUUCACAAACAACGUCCUCAGCACAGCCCAACAGGUAUGGUUGCGCAAAUUAGGCGGUGCAAAGCCUGUAGUUAAUGAGAAUGCAAGUGGAAUCAUCACUGCAGGACGUGCGAAAAGAUCAGCUGCACAACCAGGGCAGCCUGGUGAUAGGUUCAGGCAGUUAAAGGAAGGAGAGAAGGGGAAAAAAUUGAACAAGGCAUUGCAAUCAGAAGAUGUUCAAGCUCUGGAUUCUGCAUCUGACGAGGAUUCAGAUGAAGAGACUAAUGACAAGGGCGAGGAGGUUCUGGAAGAAGCAUAUGCUUCUAGUGCAAGCAAGAAGGUCCCGGAUAUUUCUCGGCCAAAGAGAAGCAAGCGGUCAAAGAGAAAGCGGGCUGUAUAAAAAACUUGAUGAUUUUAGUUUUCGGCGAGUCCUGCAUAUCUCAAGAAGGUGUAUUUGUAGUUUGAUAUUUAGUGCCAUUUUCAUGCAGGCUCAUUCCAAGAUGAGUUGCUAAUGAUGUAAAUUCUGCCAAUUUUGAACUCUUAUUCCUCCUGAUUUAUUAAAUGCAUUUUCAUGCUCUCA